GUUGCACCUACAUCAUCAAGCAUAACUAAGCAGAUGGAAACUUCAUCUGGACACACCAAUAACGUAACGCAGAUAUCUACAGCAGAUGAGGUGAUAAAUAACCUUCAAAGGGAUGACUCUCUAGACUCUGGUUCCUAUGGAAAACAGGCUGAAACUCAUGAUAGUGGUACACCAGCCAAAACUAUUGGCAGGUUUUCAGUUAUCAGCACACAAGAUGAAUUAACUUUAACAGCGCUGCACUGCUUAAGGUUCUCAGCACCCCCAGACGUCUAUUUGGAUGAGCUACCUUCCAGCCCUGAUCUGAAGACAGCUGUCCAACGGGUGCAGACAGCUUCUUCUGUUGAUGUCCUCUGUGACCAGGGUUCAAGUGAUUCUGCUGAUGAGCCUUUCCAUAGUCAGCUGGCUGCUGCUGCCCAGCUGUCCACCCCAAGCAGUAGUGCAGCCACUGACUUAAUUAAAAAAGCAGCUGCUUUUCUGCAAAGAUCUGGCAAAGCUAGCUCAGCAGGCCUUGAUUCUCCUAACGGGCAAGGAACAAAAAUUCCUACCAUCAACAUAACGUCUUUUCACUCGCAAUCGUCAUACAUGAGCAGCGACAACGACUCGGAAUUUGAAGAUGCAGAUAUGAAGAAAGAAUUGCAGAACCUGAGAGAAAAGCAUAUGAAAGAAAUUGCUGAACUUCAGACUCAGCAGAAGAAUGAGAUAGAGGCACUGUAUAUUCGGUUAGGGAAACCCCUUCCUCCCAACCUGGGGUUCCUUCACUCAGCCCCACCAAGUGGCCGUCGCCGAAGAACCAGCAAAAAUAAAUUGAAAGGUGGAAAACUAUUAAACCCGCUGGUCCAGCAGCUCAGGAGUGGAACAUCAAACACAAGUAACCUUUCAGACUCUAAAGACUCACCCCACAAAGAAACAACUGAAAAUCAGCCUGGAUCCCCUGAAGCUGCAGCAGUAACUUCCCCUGCCUCAGUUGCCUUUGGGAAGGCUGUGCAGACACAGCAGCCGUGCUCUGUCAAAGCCUCUUUGUCUUCUGACAUCUGCUCCGGCUUAGGCCCUGAAGGAGGUGACACGAACGCAAGCUCUGGCCAAGGCUGGACGGUUUUCCACCAAACGUCUGAGAGAGUGACCUAUAAAUCUAGUAGCAAACCUCGUACCAGAUUCCUCAGUGGACCUGUGUCUUUGUCCAUCUGGUCCACCUUGAAACGACUAUGUCUAGGCAAAGAUCACAGUAGUAGAUCCUCGACAAACAGUCUUGUAACGUGUCCUGAGCCCCUCCCGCAAUCAACCCUGCAGGUUCAGGCCAACAACAGUAACAACAAGAAAGGGACGUUCACAGAUGAUCUUCACAAGCUGGUUGAUCAGUGGACAAGCAAAACUGUUGGAGCUGCACAGACAAAACCUUCCUUAAACCAACUGAAGCAGAACCAAAAAAGGCAAGACAUGGAGCCAAAGGCUAAUCCCAUGCAAACACAGAAUGAGGCAUGUGGAGUUAAUUCGUUAAGAAUGGGAUUGGGGAAAAAUUGCGUUGUUCCAGCGUCUUGCCCCAUGCCCACUGCGUUAGCUCCUGGAGCCUCUCCGUCCCUGCCAGUGCCUAUGCCAGGGCCUGCCCUCCCUGGCACAGUGACACCCUACGUGAUGCCUCUCUGUCAGUACGGAGGAGUUUUCCCUCCACCCAUUUACGGAGUGCCGUGGCCAGGGCUGGCCAUGCCACCCGGGGUUGUCAGAGGGCCGAGCAUUGCACCAUUCUCGCCUUUCGGCAAAGCCUGCUUGCAGAUGUACCCGGUGCCACUGAAGCGACCCGCUGCCGAGCCGCCAGGCCCGCGCCUGCGGAUGACGUAG